AUCCAAUAAAUCUUUCUCGUGCUUAUCACAUUUUUCAAACUGACACAUCCACACCACUAAUAAUAGAGACAAAUGAAGGCAUCUCUAAGACUUCUCUUCAUAAUUGCUUUUCUUGGUCCUUUCUUCCUGGCAAGCCCAGAAGCCGACUCGUGUACCAGCACUCUAAACCUCAAAGUUCCUGUCCCCUUUGAUACAACAGAUCUUCACUGUCUUUCUGUAUGGGAUGCUCAAGGAUUCAUCCUCAGAUAUGUUCAGACCUCCGCAAACAUUUGGAGCUUCAUUCUCUCAACCCCAGACACAAAUUCUUACAUAGCUAUGGGGUUCUCAGUUAGCGGUGGCAUGGUGGGUUCAAGUGCCAUGGUAGGGUGGGUGGCAUCUAGAGGAGCCAGUGGAGGGAUAAAGCAGUAUUAUCUUGGUGGGAUUACACCAAAUCAGGUGGUUCCUGAUAAAGGUAACCUGCAGGUUAUAGCCAAUUCAACCUUCAUCACUUUACAGUCCUCUCGACUGUAUAUGGUGUUUCAGUUAGAAACUACCGAACCUUUGUCCUGGCUGAUAUUUGCGACUGGAUCCACUGGUUUAUUCCCCGCACCCCCAAGUUAUACACUCACAAAACACCUAGACAAGGUUUCCACAAGAAUAGACUACUCAAAAGCCAACAUUGGAAGUUCACAAGGGGAUGGAAGUUCUUCUCAAGGAGGUGGAACUAGUUCACAAGCAGAUUCCUGUGGCUCCAACUUAAACCUCAGUGUUCCUCUCCUCUUCGACACAGCCAAUCUCAUUUGUCUUCCUGUUUGGAAUGCACAAGGAUACAUCCUUAGAUAUUCUCAAACUUCUCCAAACAUAUGGAGCUUCAUUCUCUCAGCACCAAAUCCAAAUUCUUACAUAGCAAUGGGGUUCUCUCCCAAUGGAGGCAUGGUGGGUUCAAGUGCCAUAGUGGGGUGGAUCUCAUCCAGUGGAGCUGGUGGAGGCAUGAAGCAGUAUUAUCUAGCAGGAGCCACACCAAACCAAGUAGUGCCAGAUAGAGGAAACUUACAAGUUCUCACAAAGUCAACGUUGAUUACAUCACAGUCCUCACGUUUGUACAUGGCCUUUCAGCUACAAACCAACCACCCUCUGUCUCGCUUGAUUUAUGCCUUUGGUCCUAACGGUAUCUUCCCCUCCGCACCGAGUUUUUCAUUAACACAGCAUCAGGACAAAGUUUCCAUUACGUUGAAUUACGCUACAGGUUCAGGUGCAUUAGAAAACCCAAGCAUGAACCUGAAAAAAAUCCAUGGAGUGUUGAAUAUUUUGGGAUGGGGCAUCUUAAUCAUAAUGGGAGCAAUAGUUGCUCGCUACUUCAAGGAAUGGGAUCCAUUUUGGUUUUAUUUUCAUGCUUCAGUUCAAUCCUUGGGUUUUGUUCUCGGAGUAAUUGGUGUAAUUACUGGGUUUGUCUUGAAUAAUCAACUUCAUAUUGAUGUUAGUCUUCACAAGGCUCUAGGAAUCAUCAUUCUCGUUCUUGGUUGCCUCCAGAUAAUGGCUUUACUUGGUCGACCAAAGAAGGAAUCAAAAGAGAGAAAGUAUUGGAAUUUAUACCAUCAUAGCAUGGGGAGAAUUUUGAUUAUAUUAGCCAUAGCUAACAUUUUCUACGGAAUCCAAUUAGGAAAGGAAGGAAGGGGUUGGAAUAUAGGUUAUGGAAUUGUUCUUGCCAUAUUACUCUCCAUCGCUGUUAUUUUUGAGACUAGACUGUGCAGUACAGACUAAAUUCUUUCCCUUAUAGAAAUUGUUUUGUUUCAUCUCUGCUUUUUAUUUUUGGAAGCU